AUGUCCCGGAAAACCAUCUUCUUGAUUGGUGCUCCAUCAAGGCAGCUACACUGGGAUCAUGUGGAGCUUCUGGACGCUGCUGUGGCCCCCUUCCAUGCCGCUGGAGGCGCUGUCCGUUCCGACGCUGUUAGGUGGAGAGUGUUGGUAGGGCCGGAGGCUCAUGCUAGCUCUACUCACGAUACUGUUUUUCUAGACACGCUUGACUUACAGUCGAAGGCUCCAGGGGAUGUUUUGUCACGUUUUUAUCAACAUUCAAUCUCAAUCCGAGACACGCACUAUCUAUCAGAUUCGAGUCAUGACGAAACAACCCUCUCGCUUCAUGACAGUUAUGAGGAUGCCAGUGUAGAUCCAGCCUUCAGCUGCUCGACUGAUACUCAUCUAGCUUUCUUGGGAAAGAUAUGCCAUCUAAAGGACAUACCAAACGCUGCAUAUCUUCUGUCCAUUGUUCCACAAACUCUGAGUGUAACAUUAGUUGUGGCAAUCCUCGGCAUCAAUCCACCACGGCGAGUCACAUCGCGGUACUCUAAUCAACAAUUUGAUAUUCUCGAGCUUGUGGUAGGGGAUGAGACCAAGACUGGGUUUGGCGUGACUUUCUGGCUCCCAGUGAACGACACCCACAAAAGGAAAAUUACCGAAAGUAAUGAGACGUUUGCUAGCACACUACAUGGGUUGCGGUCCCGAGAUAUCAUUCUACUUCGCAACGCGGGACUGAGCUUCUUUCAAGACCGUGUGUACGGACAGAGCCUGCGAAAAGACAUGACCAAGGUGGAUUUAUUGCACAGACAGCCGCUUGACGUGACAGACUCCGGCGGCAUAUGGUCUGCCACUAGGAUUCUCAGCGCAGAGAAGGAGGACAAGCUGCGAUACAAAGUGAAACAGGUGCGGGAUUGGAUGGUCAAUUUCGUUGGGGUGAAGGCACAAGCUGGCAAUAGCAGAGUUGGCGGCAUACUGCCGCCAGACACACAGUAG